GGUCACGGCCAAACAAAUGUCGGAAUGCGUGUUAGCAUUUCAGGACCCCCUUCAACAUGUGGACUCCUUUACCACAGCUUUUACUCCUAGUAGCUAUUCGUCUUUCAUCAUCAGCAACUCAUUUGCGUGGAGGGCACCAAGCUCCCCACCCAGCGCCACUUGAUGCCACACUCGUUGCUUGGUAUGCCGAGCAAUACAAGGAGUAUAAUGUGUCCAGCCGCAUCCUGCGGCGACCGACACCUGCUGGCGGGGGAGCUGCAGUAGGCUCAGGACAUACACAUGACACCGGCCCGCAGCCGGCGGACUGCAACGCCCUGGAGCAGCUGCUGCAGCUGCAACAGCCGCGGCUGUCCGCAAACAGCAACGCCAGCGCCGAGGCGCAACGGGCCGGGCGCCAAGUGACAGCCCCGGGCCACAGCCUGCGCUACAACUUCAGCAUCCCACUGACACGGCGGCUGGCGGGCCUGAGCUAUGUGGGGCACGCGGCGCGGCUGCGGCUGCUGCUGCAGCGCAUCCGGCGAGGAGAGGCGGUGGUGGUGGGCGGUCUGGGCGGCAGCAUCACCGCGGGCCAGGGCGUGGGGCUAUCCUGGACGCGCGGGUGGCUGGGACACAUGGACACGUGGCUCAACGCCGCACUGCCGCCCCUGGAAGCCACACGUGCACGCUGUGCCGCCGCCGCUGCCGCCGCCGCAACGAGCCGGGCUGGCACGGGCGGCAGCAGCGCCUUCGCUGGGGCGGCGGAGGAAACCAGCAGGGAGGCGGCGGGACCCCUGCGUAUGCGGCGGGUGGGGCGCAGUGCGCUGCAGCAGAAUGGUGUUCAGCAGCGCGGGGCUGCGGACACGGCUAGUCUGCAGCUGCGGCCACAGCUGACCCGACACGUGGUGCACAGCGGAGCGGUGCCAGGCACCCAGUCUUCCUACGUGUCGGCCUGCCUGGCCCAGCACCUGCCGCCCGCCCCCGACCUGGUGCUUGUGGAGUUUGCCGUCAACGACCCGCCCACGCCCUCGCCAGCCUACACCGACCCCGCCCGCCGCGCCUUCGAGCGGCUGCUGCGCAAGCUGCUGCGGCUGCCCUCGCGGCCGGCAGUGGUGCUGGUCAACAUGUACGCACACAACGCACCCGCGCCGGAUGGCAGCGGAUGCUGCAAGUUCUGGAACACCGCCGAGCGCGACUUCGGCGAGCUGGCUGCGCACUACGGCCUGCCCGCGAUCAGUCUCAAGGCCGCGGUGUGGGCGCACACAGCCGCCAACACCAGCGGCAGCGAGGCUCUGGCGGCGGGGGCACUGUUCAACGCGGGCCGCUACCACCCUGGCCCGGGCGGCCACGUGGUUGCGUUCGAGCUGCUGCUCACGCUGCUGCAGGAGCUGGCGGCGGCGGACUGGCGGCUGGCUCACGCACUGGCCCGGCAGCAGCACGACACGGCGGCGGCGGCGGCGGCAGGUGGCGGCGAGGCGCAGCAUCUGGCGGCGGCUGAGGCGGAGCUGCGGGCCGAGUUUGAGGCGGAGGCGGCCCGGCCGCUGCCGGCACCACUGGGCGCUGAGAACUGGGAGCCGGAGCGCGGCAGCAGCUGCCUCAUACAGCAGGAGUUCCAUGCGCUCGUGAUGGGUCCGGAGCCGCCACAGGGCGCCGCUACUGCCACUGCUGCGACUGCCGCCGCUGCUGCUGAUGCGCCUGAGGGCUGGCAGUGGACGGACGAGGGGCGCGGCAAGUGGGGAUUCGUGGCCACUGAGGCGGGCCGCCAGCUGCGCAUACGGGUGCGCACGGAGCUGGAUGGGCCACGGCGGGAGCGGGGCGACGUGGUGGCGCAGCUGGUGUACCUGCGCGGCUAUGACGGCAUGGGGGCGGCGGCGCUGAGCUGCGAGUCUGGCUGCAGCUGCGGAGGAGGUGGAGGUGGAGGAGGAGGAGGAGGAGGAGGAGGAGGAGGAGGGGACGGGCUGGAGGAGGUUGCCAGCAGUACCGAGGCGGGCGUGGCUGCUGCUGCUGGGUCUGCUACUGGGCCCGCCCCUGCCCCCUGGCGCCUGGUGGUGGACGGCUACGGCGGCGACCGGCAGGUCACCGUGGCAGCCACCGCAGACUUCACGGUGAGCCAGGCGGCCGAGUGUGUGCUGCUGCUCACCACGCUGGGCCCCGCGGCGCCGCCUGCCGGGCCCCAGAAGCUGUCCGAUGACGAGCUAAAGGGGAGGCGGCGCUUUGGUGCGCCCGGCAGCAAAUUCAAGGUCAUGGGCAUACUGCUCGGUGAGGACCCGGCGGCUGCGGAGGCUGCCCGGACCGCGGGACGCCGUGGGGGCGGCAUGGUGGACUCGUUCCUGCGGGCUGAGAGCCUGGUGUCCGCUGUGGUGGCGCGCAAUGCCACCCUGCAGGCGGCCGUGGGCAGCGGUGCGGGGGCGGAGCCGGCCGGCGCGGCAUGAGAUGUGUUUGACAAGCUGGCAGGGCUUGCGCUGGAGCUCCUCCGCUGUUGAACACAGGAACAUUGACGGCCCAUGUCGGCCCAUAACCGCAUGACCGCUCUGCCUUAAGCGGUGUCGGGCGCCGGCUCAGUCCUUUCCGCCCCGCUCUGAAUGAGCUAUGCCUGAGCUUUAAGAUGGUUGGAGAUGGCUGUUGGCGGGUGAUGCGGUGUGGUGUAUCGUAGGGCGCUUGUGCGCAGCUGCGUGUCGGAGGCGGAGGCGGAGGCAACCCCCGUUUGCAUGCCGUCCGGCUACGUCCGUCGACGACGGAAGGCCGCUUUGGCGGCCGAUAGCCCCCAUACACCCCGCCACCGACGCCCAGUGGCCACAAACGCAUAGGGCAAAGGCGGUCCCGUCACUGGAUGGUGCAAUGGGACAGUGUUAAGGCAGGUUGGUAAAGUCCGGGUGGGGCGCGGCGCCUGGACGCUGGGGGGGGGAGGGGGGCGAGGGCCCCGGUAAACUCCGAGACCAGGAGAAGAUGAGAAGGCCGUGUUGUCUGUAAGCCAAACAGGUG